UUCUUUUCUUGCCUUUCUAAUAUGGUCAUCAGGUUCUAGAGGUUGGAACAGGUGAGCACCACAGGCCGUUAAGACCAGGAACAACCCCAGUGCAAUCCCAGAGGCGAUGUGGGAUUCUGGGCUAAAGGAAAUGAAUGAAACCUGGAAAGGAGUGAUUGCCUGCUUUGGGGUAGUGGUCUUCCUUCUGAUGACCAUUGGGAUUAUUUAUUGGCAAGUAGUGGAUCAGCCAAACACAAACUGGAUCCUGAGAAGUAGUGCCAGUGGUCUGAUUUGGGAUCGAAAAGAUCACAGUCUCAUCCUUCAGACUUUGAAAGAAGAAAGAACCUUGCUAAAGAUUCGCAUGGGAAGCUUCCCAGAGGUGGAGAUGCCUUUCAUAAAGAACAUAUGUUGGCAGAAUCGGUCAGAAUUCUGUUACACCUGGGAAGGUAUAGCUGAACUGAAGGUCUUCCUGGACUCCAAUCCUUCUCCCAACAGUGAGUGUUACAAUAUCAACUGGACUCCCCUUCACUGCCAGCUGAAAGUAAAGGAUUACUUUUCCAUGGUAAAUGUCUCCUGGUAUGGAGGAGCCAGUGUCAGUAGUCAACAUUGGCCUCUGAACAGUGUGAACAUCAAGUCCCAACCAUUCACUAUCAGUAAUCUUAGUAAAAGCCCAAAUGCUUAUGGCUCUGUCUUAGAAAGAUAUUUUUUGGGAUCCACUGGAGUAACCGUGAUGAUGGUUUCAGAUACACCAAUCUCUCUCUCAGUGGAGAGAAAUAGACAUUUUUCCCUUGAAAAUAUUCCUGGCCCAGACAGGGCUGUCCUGCAGUACACUGUGUGCAUGAGUCAAAACAUCACAUCUGCUCAUCAGGAACUAGUGGGAAGUCGACUUCCGAGACAACAAAGAAGGUUGCCAGAUACAGACAUACUUAGGUUGCCAGUCUGGAGAUAUUACGGUAUAGUUGAUUCUGUUGCUCAAAUGAAGCGAGGACUGAGGUCUUUCUACAAUAAGCUUCAAACACAUAAUCUUGGGGAGGGUAUAAUUGCUCUCAGUGAAGAGUCUACAAUGCUACUUCGAAAUAUGGAUCACAUCUAUUUACCUCUGCUAAGAAGAAAAAGGCUGCAUGCACUGAGAUUUAUCAUGAACAACUUCCGUAUGAAACCACUAAAACUUUCCAUCACUCUGUCCCCUUAUACAAGCAUCAACUCACCAAUUUUCCAAAGGUCCCUGCAAGAAGAGAACGAAGAAUUCUGGUUGAGCCGCCAUUCUGAAUCCGGUGACUAUUCGGUGCCACUCCUCACCAAAUGGAAAGGGCAGUUUUCAGCCUGUCUGAAUGUAACCAGUCAGGCUGCAGUGCUCUGGUUCCUGAGCCAGGUGAAGCUCCUGAAGCAGCAACUGGGAGCAAAGUAUGUGGUUUUUGAAGGUAGUGAAGGCAACAUAUUUAUGGACCAAGAGAUCUCACCUCCUGCAGAACUCAGAGGGGAUAAGUACAUCCGUAUUUUGGCCUCAAUAGCAACAAUGUUGGGAAAUACAUCAAUAAUUACUGGUGCUACAAGAUCCAGCCACCUGCCACUCUUUUUCCAAAUGAAUCCACGACAAUCUGACUGGAGUUACACUGGUUUGAAAGGGAUUAUUCCAUCUGUGCUUCAUUAUAGUCUUCUUGGUUAUAACUUUUUCAUUCCAGAUGCAAUAGGUGGAACAUUUUCUGCUGAAUUUCUGACUGAUGAAGAGCUAUAUAUUAGAUGGCUCCAGAUUGUCACCUUCCUUCCAGUCAUGUCUUUCAGGACUCCCCCGUGGGUCUGUUGUGGUGAUUGGGUGUUGAACCUCACCAGGUAUUAUAUUCACAGACACCAGAAUUUUGUGGUUCCACUCAUUGAGAAAUACAGCAAGGAAUGGCUAUCUAGGGGGGAUCCAAUUUUUCGACCCACCUGGUGGUUCAGCCCCACUGAGCCAGCUGCCUUUACCAUUGAUGACCAGUUUCUCAUAGGCGAGGAGGUUCUUGUUGCUCCAGUAACAGAACAAGGGCAAUUCCAGAGGGACAUCUACCUACCUAGAGAAGGUCAGAAAUGGAUGGAUACCAACACUGCCCAGAUGUUUGAUGGGGGAACCUUCCUCAGGAAUUAUUCAGUGCCCCUUGUGGAUGUGGCUGUUUUUAUUAAGAUUUCCUAGACUUUCCUGGAAUUUCAGGACAUUUAUCCAUGCUGUAGAGAAGAACUGUUGCCAGGACUUCUUUGGCUAAAUGGAAGUUUCUUGCAGCUAUCAGCCAGAGAUGCAAUUUUCCAAAAGUAUAUAUACUGGUAUUAAAAUAAUUCUAAAAGGAAAUUAUUUCAUUCCUAUCAUUUAAGUUUUAAAAGACAAUAGAGAAUUGUCUAUGUAUGUUACUAUUACUUUGAAUUUUGAAAUCCCAGUUACUGGUUUUCAUUGUCUAAGAGAUAUUUGAAGCAUCCUGUUAAUUGGGGAGAGAUUAUGUGUGAUCAUUGUUAUGCCAAUCCUCAUUACUUCCCACUAUCCCUAAAGGUCAAGAAAUGAACUUGAUCUUUAUUUUUUUUAAAAAACCGGGUAGUAAAAUAAGAGGAACCUAAAGCUUUCCAUGGUACUGGAAAUUGGUUAGCAUAAUUUCUAGGAGUCAAGCUUUCUGAACUGUUUAUAGUUUGUUAGACUGUGUAUAAGCAGGCAAAAUAAUUUUUCAUUUUAACUAUCCAGUCUUAUUUUACAGGUUAUUUUUGUAUAACUUUUAUUACAAGUUUUAGAGAGAAGAUUAAAAAAAACUAUCAAAAACCAUUAAAAAAUAAAGGAAAAAAGGAAAAGAAGGAAAGGACAAAGGUGCAAAAAGAAAAAAAGAUAUAGAAAGAAGCUUCCAAUUUUCUUCUGUAGCAAAUAUUAUUACAUAAAUAUGUCUUUAUAGUUACAAAAAGCUCUUCUUUUUCUAUUACCUAAUAUUUUCUAAUUAUCAGAACCACAAAUCAAAAGUUUGGGCAGGGGUUAGAUGUUUUAGAAAGUCCAUAAGGGGUUUCCAGUCAGCAGUAAAUAUAGAUAUUCUCUUUUCUAUGAGUAAAAAGUCAAUUUAGCCACCUCUGCUAAUUCCAUCAUCUUCAGCCAUUCCUCCAUGUGAGUAGUGCUGAACUUUUCCAUUUUUGAGCAUGUAAUAAUUUUGCUACAGUUACCAUAUACAAAAACAAAGUCCCAUGACUUUUUUUUCAAGCUAUUUAACCCAAAAGAAAAGUGUUUGGUUUCAAUUGACUAUUUUACAGAAUAGGCAAUAUUUGCAACACAGAUAGGAUGGAGGUAUUGAAUUACACUGAUUAUAAAGAAUGCUGAACUUUUCUUGUUUACCUGGUCAACCUAGUUUAAAAAUUAAUUGAACCAAAAAUUACUUUAAGCUUUGUGAAUGAAAAUACUUAAACCAUUAUCUGUCUGAUCCAUCCAUUCAUUUUACAUUUUAUUUGUCUCAUUUAUGCUCACUGCAACUGAUCAGAGGCUUGGCAGUUUACAACAACUACGAGCAAAUAAACACAAGGCACUCAGAAUUAAAACAUCCACAGCAAGACUCAAAUAAACAUUAUAAACCAUU